AUGCAGCCGAUUUUGCAAGCAAAUCGGCUUCCAGAUUCUCCGAUCUCGGCACAAAUCGAAAGGAGAUCGAGGUGGAGGAAAUCCUUCUCCAAGGCAUGGAUCAAGGCGGAUCUGAUAGCAAUGGCUUCCGCCAUGAGUGGAGAUGAAGCAAAUGGUUCCGCCAAGCUGCCUGAGUCAAGCUUGGAGCCUUCUCUGUUGGUGAAGAUCCAUCCCGCUCCCGCGAUCGCAGUUUUCUGUUUCCAAACUCCGUCAGUGAAGCAGAUCACUGUAUCAGGGUGGAGAGUCCGUUGA